CUCUUUGCUCACAUCCGGUCAAGUCGCAGGUGUAGUGGCGGUUAAAUCUUGACGUCAGAGGUUGACGUUUAAUCUGCAGUCAUGACGGAACCGACGGAGGAGCCGGGUCACCACGGAACCACCGAACCGGUGUUCACGGAGGCGCGAGACGUCACCUGUCUGACGGAAACGUUUGAAAAGACCGUGAACGUCUCACAGGACGGAGGGCUGAGUGAGGAGACAGACAGGCUGGAAGACAGACAGCAAGACGGACAGAGAGACAGACAGGCAGUGUCUCCAGAGUCAAAGUGGGUGGUGGGCUCUCAGUGUCUGGCGGUGUGGUCGGAGGACGCUCAGGUGUAUCCGGCGACGGUGUUGUCUGUGGACGGAGAGCGCUGCAGGGUCUGUUUCCAUGACUACGGCAACGAGGAGGAAGUGGAACUGAGCACGCUCAGACAGUCAGACACUGCUACACAGAGACAAAACUCCCAGGACUGGAAACCUGGUUCUCAGUGUCGAGCUGUGUACUCAGAGGACGGUCUGGUUUACCCGGCUGUGGUUCUGUCAGUCAAAGGUCAACGCUGCCGUGUUCGGUUUGACAACUACAACAUCGAGGAGGAACAGGAAGUGAGCAACCUGCUGAACCCAGAUGAGCUCCACGGGCCCAGCAGAAUCUCCACAGCCAAGCAGGUCAAACAGAGUCUCAGUCAGACUAAUGUAGACAGAGAGGAGAAGAAGAGAGACGCAGAGAAACCGACCAACCACAGCUUUCCUUUCUUCCCUCCGUUCCCUCCUCCUCCUCAGUCGAGCUCAGCGGACCCUGUGACCUUCAUCCCUCCUCCUCCUCCUCCUCCUCUCUGGACGUUUGGCAGGAAAGAGUCCGGGGUCGACUCCGCCUCCAACAUGUUGCUGCUGUGGUACACAUGUGGCUUCCACACCGGCUGCUACAUGGCUCAGCAGAACUUCAGGUCGAGCUCCAAAGACUAGAGCCAGAGAGAAUUCUGGGACGUGACGAGUCGUCUUCAUUUAAAUUUUUUUUAAACAUUUCAAUGUUUUUUUCUUUUGUCAGUUUUCCUGUAGCAGAAACUUUGUUGUCGUUUCUUCAGUUUGAGUUCAGAGUUAAAGACGAACGUUCGCUGUUAAAUGAAUGAAAACGUUUAAACAACAUUUUGUUAAAGAAAGAAAAGUUCAUCAAUAAAAAGAUCAAUAAUUAACAGAA